AUGGACAACUCACCCACCGCCUUGUUCGAGAACUAUGACGAGGACCUCAAGCAGCUGCUCGGCGGUCUGAAGGCCAAGCUCGAUGGGGAAGUCAAGGGGCUGACUGGGGAGCAGAGGAAGGCGGCGCUCAAGAAGGUGUCCGAGGAAAUAGAUGAAGCAGAGGAAAUUGUCGGGCAGAUGGAAGUGGAGCUUCCUUCGAUGCCAGUGUCGAUCCGCUCAACGUACCAAGGGCGUUUAGCUACCUCGAAGCAAGGACUUGACAAGGUCAAGAAGACCCUACGCGACCUCCGCUUCGAAUCCCAGCGUUCCGAACUCCUCUCCGGUCCCGGCGGAGCAGGUCAAAGCGGCCGCUGCCCGCACGCCGACGACCCAUACUCUGAUGACCCCGAACCAUACUCGACUCGUUCACGCCUGCUGCAAGGAACUCAGACUCUGGAGGACAGCUCAGGGCGACUGGACAAUGCGCACAGGAUCGCGCUGGAGACGGAAGGAGUGGGCUCGGAGAUCCUCAGAAACCUUAGGGGGCAGAGAGAGCAGCUGGAGAACACCAGAGAUACUCUCACUCAGGCGGACUCUUCCAUUGACAGAGCAGCCGGGACUCUCAAGAAGAUGAUCUUCAAGAUGUACCAACAAAAGUUCCUCUCAAUCGGUAUCAUCAUCGUCCUCGUACUCCUUAUCCUCUUGGUCCUUUACUCCAAAUUCCAUUAG